UUUUACUCCCAGAAUGCAUCUUGCUUUCUCUUCCCUUCCGCGGCCUGAGAAUAUCUCUGAAUAUGGUCCGCUACUCGCUCGACCCCGAGAACCCCACUAAGUCAUGCAAGUCCAGGGGUUCCAAUCUCCGGGUGCACUUCAAGAACACCCGUGAGACAGCUCAGGCCAUCAAAGGCAUGCACAUCCGCAAGGCCAACAAGUACCUGAGGGACGUGGUUGUCAAGCACCAGUGUGUCCCCUUCCGUCGCUACAACGGCGGUGUCGGCAGGUGUGCUCAGGCCAAGCAGUUUGACUGGACGCAGGGACGCUGGCCCAAGAAGAGCGCAGAGUUCCUCCUCCACAUGCUGAAGAACGCCGAGAGCAACGCUGAGCUCAAGGGUCUGGAUGUUGACUCCCUGGUGAUCGAGCACAUCCAGGUCAACAAAGCCCCCAAGAUGCGCAGGCGCACGUACCGUGCCCACGGCCGCAUCAACCCCUACAUGAGCUCCCCGUGCCACAUCGAGAUGAUCCUCACCGAGAAGGAGCAGAUCGUCCCCAAGCCCGAGGAGGAGGUGGCCCAGAAGAAGAAGGUCUCUCAGAAGAAGCUGAAGAAGCAAAAGCUCAUGGCGCGGGAGUAAAUGUAAAUAAAAUGGGACACUUCUUAACAACAA